AUGGAAAUGUUCACAUAUUCUGUUUACGGCUUUCAAAUCCUUCUUUUACUCUGGGUCCGCAAGCUAUCAGAUGUAGAAUCCUCUAGACUUGUAAUCCACUCUGGCAAGUAUAAGCAUAAUCCAAAUUACUUCCACAACUUCACCUUGAACAUUAUCAACAAUACGGUCAAUUUGGAUAUGGCCACCAAAAAGCCAUUUGGCCAUGGUUUCAAUGUACACGUCGACUUCGCCAUCAAUUUGGUCAAAACAAACAAUUACCAACGUGUCUUUGCCCAUACAAUGGACACUUGCUCUGUUGUGUCUACGGUGAAAAAGAAUAUAUUUAAGGCCUGGUUCCAGUCAAUGUUGGAUCAUGGGAACUUCUUGUAUAAAUGCCCAGUUGCUGAGGGACAUUAUUACCUGCGCAACUGGAAGCUGGAUCCAAAUUUAGUGCCUCAAUAUCUGCAUGCGGGCAAUUACCGUGUGACUGGGUACUUCUAUUAUGGCAAAUUCAAGACAAGGCAGGAAGAAUUUGUGUUGGAAAUGACAAUUUUUGCAAUAUUGAAAUCGAGUUAA